GGAUUAGGUAUAUAAUAAAUGAAAGUUAACGAGCAAACUGUGAAGAACGAGGGAAAGGGGAAGAAGGAACGGAAACAUAGAAUUAGGGUUCACAGUGCAUCAGAGAAUCAUAAUUUCUCUGUUUCGGAUUUUUAAUCGUACAAGAGGUGAAUUGAUAUUGGGUUCGGUUCGGUUCAAGUAAGUUAAAUAUUCUCUUUUUCGCCGAUUAUUUAUUGGGUCAAUCUCACUAUAAUUUCGGUUCACUGAAAAUUUGAGAAACAGAAGUUGUCCUAUAACGAUUUUGACGAUGAGAAGAAUAAAUCGAAUUCUAUGAAACUUUUGCUUAAUUACUAGUUCGAAUGUUAUGAAUUCCCGUGAAUGAGUAUUCAAAAAGGACCUUAGUGUGUUCUCAUUGUUUUGAGCAGUUUUUAGCUUACAUAGAUUUAUUUGUUUGGUUUAAGAUAAUGCUUUGUCAGAAUUAUGCGAAGCCUAGCCUAGCUUAUUAUGAAUUGUGUUUGUUCUGCAGAUUUGAAUAAUAUUAGACUCUAGUAGUUAAGAUGUCAGUGAGAGCUAGGAGGAUUGUUUCGGGUAGAUCAGAGACUGUAGCAGCUAAUUAUGCUUUCGAUCCGUUACAUGAUGACAAAAUUAUAAGAAAUAGGCUUCUCACACGCACGACCACCACCAGAGGCGAACCUCCAUUGAAGAAGCUUCAGAAGAAAUUCACUUCUUUUGUUAUUGAACUAGACAAAGAAGAAGAUAACUACAGUGAGUGUGGUAGGCUCGCGAAAGCUUUCUUGCAAGAACUCUCUGCGUUUGAGAUUCCGCUUCUUAAGAGCCAAGUAGUUGUCGCUGCAAAUCUUAGGGAGAAAGAGAACUUUAACGAGCUUAAAGAUGAGACGAAUAGGCAGAUAAUGCAGGCACAAGCUGAUAUAGAAGAUCUUAAGAAACAGCUUGAGGAGAGUAAGAUAGAGAGACAACAGAAAGAGGAGUGUGAAGCCAUUAGGAAACUUAUCUCUGCGCAGCCACCGAGGUCAGAGACGCAGAAGGUUAUACAUGAAUUGAAGAAGGAGAUUGCAGAACUCGAGGCUGAGAAUACAGCAAGUUGGAGACUUCUUGAACUAAGGAAGAAGCAGUUUGCAUUGUUGUUGCAUGUGGUGGAUGAGUUGCAGGAGACAAUGGAGGAUGAACAGAAGAGUAUGGUGGAAGAAAUGCAGAGGAACAUUACCGCUGAUGGCGCUGAAGCCAUGUCCAUCGAUUAGCUCCUAAUCUUAGCAACUUUGUCUUCCUCUUGAAUGCUAAAGAAACAAACCUUUCAUUGAUAAGAAGAAUCUGUUUUAUAAAUUUCUGGUUUCUUCUGGUUGCCUCAUAACCAAAAUUGCUAUGAAAAUAAGGAUAUGUAUGUUUCAUUUUAACUCGCAGAUUCAAAAAAAAUAAUGGCAGAUCUUCUCGAGGUUUUGAGGACUAUGUGAACCGGAAAGGUCAGG